AUGUAUUCAACUCCACUAAAAAAGAGGAUUGAUUACGAUCGCGAAACGUUUACGGCUUCGGCUUCCUUAGGAGGAAAUCGCUUAAGGAAUCGGCCAAGAGAUGACCAAAACAACGGUAAGCCCAACCUGUCGAGCCGUUCCUUCCUAAGCGAAAGAAAAACCAGGAAAGAUGUAUUAAACAAGUAUGGCGAGGCUGGAAAUACUAUUGAAUCAGAACUUCGUGACGUAACUACACACGUCAAGAUAAGCGGGUUGACUUCCUCUGAACCGUUGCAGUUGGCUAGUGAAUUUGUCCAGGAUUUGAGCUUUAGGGACAGAAAUACGCCAAUACUAGAUAAUCCAGACUAUUAUAGUAAAGGUUUGGAUUAUAAUUUCUCAGAUGAAGUCGGUGGAUUAGGUGCAUUUACCCCCUUCCAAAGACAACAAGUGACAAAUAUACCAGAUGAAGUUUUAUCACAAGUUUCAAAUACCGAAAUAAAGAGUGAUAUGGGUAUUUUUCUCGAACUGAACUAUUGUUGGAUAACCUCUGAUAAUAAAUUGAUCUUGUGGAAUAUCAAUAAUAGUUCAGAAUACCACUGUAUCGAUGAAAUCGAGCACACCAUUUUAAAAGUGAAACUAGUUAAGCCUAGCCCAAACACUUUUGUUUCUUCUGUUGAAAAUUUAUUGAUUGUCGCCACUCUUUUUGAUAUCUAUAUUUUGACAAUAUCAUUUAAUGACCGUACUCAUGAGUUGAAUAUCUUUAACACAGGAUUAAAAGUAAAUGUAACUGGGUUCAACGUUUCUAACAUAAUAAGCUACGAAAGGACUGGACAAAUAUUUUUCACUGGUGCGACUGAUGGUGUCAACGUGUGGGAAUUACAAUAUAACUGCUCGGAGAACCUAUUCAAUAGCAAGAGUAACAAAAUAUGUUUGACAAAGUCAAACUUAGCAAAUUUACUACCUACAAAACUAAUACCUAGCAUACCCGGAGGAAAGUUGAUACAAAAAGUACUAGAAGGGGAUGCAGGUACCGAAGAAGAAACUAUAUCACAGCUCGAAGUUGACCAGUCAAGAGGCGUUUUACAUACUCUAUCAACGAAAUCUAUUGUCAGAUCUUACCUAAUUACUAGUAACGGGCUAGUAGGACCGGUCCUCAUUGAUGCUGCUCAUAUCAGGCGUGGAAUGAAUGCAUUGGGUGUAAAAAAUUCACCUCUACUCAGUAAUCGAGCUUUCAAGAUUGCCAAAAUUGUUUCUAUCUCUAUGUGUGAGAACAAUGAUUUAUUCUUAGCUGUUAUAACUACUACUGGGGUACGCUUGUAUUUCAAAGGUUCCAUUUCUAGGAGAUCGAUUGGCUCAUUAAAAUUAGACUCUGUAAAGUUUCCUCCUACCAGUAUAUCUAGCUCCCUCGAGCAAAAUAAAUCUUUCAUAAUCGGUCAUCACCCCUUAAACACACAUGAUACAGGCCCACUUUCAACACAAAAAGCUAGUUCAACUUAUAUCAAUACCACUUGCGCUAGUACGAUAAUAUCACCAGGUAUAUACUUUACGUGCGUGAGGAAAAGAGCUAAUUCCGGAGAACUAUCUAAAGGUAUUACAAAUAAAGCUUUGCUGGAAAAUAAAGAGGAACACAAACUUUACGUUAGUGCUCCAGAUUACGGUAUAUUAAAGAAUUAUGGUAAAUAUGUAGAGAAUACCGCACUACUCGAUACGACAGAUGAAAUUAAAGAGAUUGUUCCCUUAACAAGAUCUUUUAAUUACACUUCUACUCCCCAAGGUUACGCCAAUGUGUUUGCCUCACAAUACAGUGCAGAACCAUUAAAAGUUGCCGUUUUAACAAGCAAUGCCUUAGAAAUUUAUUGCUAUCGCACGCCCGACGAAGUGUUCGAAAGCUUGAUUGAAAAUCCUUUGCCAUUUAUUCACAGUUAUGGUUUAUCUGAGGCUUGCUCUACGGCACUUUAUUUAGCUUGUAAGUUUAAUAAGUCAGAGCAUAUUAAAUCAAGUGCCCUGGCCUUCUUCUCUGCCGGUAUACCUGGGGUAGUUGAAAUAAAACCGAAAAGUUCUAGAGAAAGUGGCAGCGUGCCGCCAAUCUCACAAAAUUUAUUCGAUAAAUCUGGUGAAUGUGAUGGUAUAGUACUAUCUCCCAGGUUUUAUGGUUCUGCGUUAUUAAUUACAAGAUUAUUUAGCCAAAUAUGGGAAGAGAGGGUCUUUGUUUUUAAAAGGGCUUCCAAAACGGAAAAAAUGGAUGCUUUUGGUAUUUCUAUAACUAGGCCACAGGUUGAGUAUUAUUUAUCAUCGAUAUCUGUUUUGGCAGAUUUCUUCAACAUCCACCGUCCUUCCUUCGUUUCAUUUGUGCCUCCGAAAGGUAGCAAUGCUAUAACUGCAUCCGAUGCUGAGUCUAUUGCUAUGAAUGCUCUUAUCCUCUUAAUAAAUUCUAUUAAGGAUGCGCUUUCCCUUAUAAAUGUCUUCUACGAAGAUAUUGAUGCUUUCAAAUCUUUGCUAAAUACAUUGAUGGGUGCAGGGGGAGUUUAUGACUCCAAGACACGUGAGUAUUUUUUUGAUCUUAAGUUCCAUGAUUUGUUUACCCCUAACGCAAAAACCAAACAAUUAAUAAAAGAGAUUUUAAUAGAAGUUGUAAACGCUAAUAUUGCAAGCGGCACAUCGGCAGAUUAUAUUGUGAACGUUUUAAAGGAACGCUUUGGAUCUUUUUGUCAUAGUGCAGACAUUUUGUGUUACAGGGCAGGAGAGCAUUUAGAAGCAGCACAGAAGUUUGAAAUGAUAGAUUCUAAAAUAUCAAGGAACCAUUUAGAUACCGCAAUUGACCUUUAUGAAAGGUGUGCCGAGAAUAUAGAAUUAUGUGAAUUGAGACGUGUGGUGGAUAUCAUGGUAAAACUUAAUUACCAGCCUAAGACUGUUGGAUUUCUACUUAGAUUUGCAGAUAAAAUUGAUAAAGGAAACCAAGCACAAGAGUAUGUGUCUAGAGGUUGUAAUACUGCCGAUCCAAGAAAAGUUUUUUAUGACAAACGCAUAAAUGUGUACACUUUGAUUUUUGAGAUUGUCAAAAGCGUGGAUGACUAUACAUCUAUCGAACAAUCCCCUUCAAUUGCAAAUAUAUCUAUUUUUUCACCAGCUUCGUCACUGAAGAAAAGAGUUUACUCAGUGAUAAUGAAUAGCAAUAACAGGUUCUUCCAUUAUUGCUUUUAUGAUUGGCUUGUCGCAAAUAAAAGACAAGACUACUUAUUACGUUUGGAUUCUCAAUUUGUUUUGCCGUACUUGAAAGAAAGAGCAGAAAAAUCUCUAGAAAUUAGUAAUCUGUUGUGGUUCUACUUAUUCAAAGAAGAACAUUUUCUUGAAGCAGCUGAUGUUUUAUAUGCUCUAGCUAGUUCUGAUUUUGACUUAAAAUUAAGUGAAAGAAUCGAAUGCCUAGCAAGAGCAAACGGUCUUUGUGAUAGCUCAACGUCAUUCGACCAAAAGCCGGCACUGGUCCAGUUAUCUGAGAACAUCCACGAACUUUUCGACAUAGCUUCCAUUCAGGAUGACCUACUUAAUUUGGUAAGGAAUGAAACAAGGAUUGACGAAGAUUAUAGAAAGCAACUAACACUUAAACUAAAUGGAAGGGUGCUCCCAUUAUCAGAUCUCUUUAAUGAUUGUGCAGACCCAUUAGAUUACUACGAAAUAAAACUAAGAAUUUUCAAAGUAUCUCAAUUCAAAGAUGAAAAAGUCAUUCAAGGAGAGUGGAAUCGAUUGCUCGAUAGCAUGAAAAAUGCUCCAUCGCCUGACGUGGGAAGUGUAGGCCAAGAAUCCUUUCUUUCCUCGAUAUCCAACACACUAAUUCGAAUUGGUAAAACAACACGCGAUACGGACGUUGUUUUCCCUGUACAUUUCUUAAUGAAUAAAAUAUUAGAAUCAUUCAUUGAUAAAAGUUCAGCUGCUGAUGGAUCUGUAUGUUCAAUGUUCUUGCUUGCCGGAGUUUCUCAUUUAAAACUCUAUUACAUUCUAAGUCGUAUCAUAGAAAACUCUGAAGGAAAUGUCGAAUUGGCAAAAAAAGAAAUGGUAUGGUUGAUCAAAGAUUGGUACCAAAGUGAUUCAGAUUUACGCGGUUCAAUUGCGCCAGAACAAAUCAAAAAAUUGGAGAAAUAUGAUCCGAAUACCGAUCCCGUUCAAGAUUAUGUGAAGGAUCGUCAUCAUGGCCUGAAAUGA